AUGUCACUAUUUGUGCACAGGCCACAUAAUUCUGGACAUUAUACUAUAGAGGCUUGUGAAACCUCCCAGUAUGAAAAUCAUCUGUGCGCCAUACUCUCACUUCCACUUGGUUCCACAUCACUAAAGGUGUCUUCAGCUGCAAUGCUGAAUAUUAUUGGCACUUCAUCCAACAUGGCAGAAGUCAUGAACUUUGCAUCUAAAUGUAUCAAGACAGACGGUUGUGUGGUCACCAUCAUGGGCAACUCAGAUUCAGAAGUCCACUCUUGCCUGCGACCACUGUUGAAGGCACUGCCAUCAGGAAGUACCAAAGAGGAGCUUACUAUGUAUGCCCCUGAGACCUCUGCACAAGGCAGUGUGAUCAUGGGCUCUGAUUCCAACCUUCCUGUAAUAUUGCCGGCUGCUCACAUUCUGGAUUGGUUCAAGAUCCCCUAUGAACUCACCAUUGUCUCUGCACAUUGCACACCAGAUCACCUUGUCAAAUAUGCAAGGUCAGCGAGCUCAAGGAGAUUGAGGACGAUCAUUGCUGGAGCAGGUGGUACAGCACAUCUUCCUGGCAUGGUUGCUGCCAUGACCAUGCUUCCUGUCAUGGAUAUCAUGCAAAUGCAGCGAGGUAUACCUGUGGAAACAGUUGCAAUUAACAGCAGUAUGAAUGCUGGAUUGCUAGCUGUGUGGAUUCUCAGAGCUGGUAUACCUCAUCUGUUUGCAGACAUUGAUGCAUAUCUGAGAGGGUUAGAGGGCGAGGUUAUUGUGAAGGUCAAGAAGCUGGAAGAGGUUGGCUGGGAGAAGUAUGAGGUGAAGUGA